AGACCCUCAUUCCGUCACAAUCAUGACAUAUAUGAAAAAUAAAGAUGCACUUUUAGAUUUUAUUGACUGUUACCGGAAUCUCUCUGAACUUUGGGAUACAAAAUGUGCUGCUUUUUCGAAUUGUGGAAAAAAAGUGACCACAUACAAUGUUCAAAUACAAAAACUGAAAUGUCUAGAGCCAGAUGCGACUUGUGAUAGUGUAGUGAAAAAAAUAAACAACCUUAGGUCCACUUUUCGGUAAGAAUUAUGGAAGGUUAAUGAUUAAAAGAGUUAUGUUCAGAGUCUCUGGUAUUUCAACGAACUUAUUAUUUUGUUCCACCAGAAAAUGUCGGAUCGAGGUGAAUCAACUAGUGCAGCUGGUACUCAAGGCGGUGAAAUGUCGGUUCCAGUUCACACAUCCGGAUUGACUUCAUCAGAGCAAACAUCCAGUUCUUCAUUUGCAGCAUCCAGCAAAAAAGUAAUGAUGGCUCCUCAAUCAAACGAUCGUUUUAUAAUGCCCACACGGUAUUUGGAAGCUGAAGAUGAUGAAUUCCUGACAUUGGCAAAGGGUUACACAGUUAAGCUGAGGAAAUUAACUCCACAACAGCUAAUGUUUGCUGAUAAAGUGAUCAAUGACACAUUACUUGAUGCUCAAAUGGGUCUCUUGACCAGAGGCAGCUAUGUGGUUCACUCGUCAGGAAUUCCGGCAACUCCUAGUUGAAAUUGGAAUUUGUGGUUUCAUGCUCCGUCCAAAUUUCAUUCAGAACAUCAAAUUGGGGGGAAAAACUGAUGGAGAGAUUCUCUUGUAGUGAUGAUGGUGCACACACACAUAUAACAAUAAUGACGAUGAUUUCU